AUGGCAGCGCAAGUAGAGCAUUUGGCAAGCAACAUGGAGCAAGAGAUUUCUCGUCCAUUGGCUUACUUCCCUCCUACCGUGUGGGGCUGUGACUUUGCUUCACUUCCUCUGUUUAACUCCGAAAUUGAAUCAUAUACUAAAAAGGUGGAGGUGCUAAAAGAAAAGGUCAAGGACAUGCUAAUGUCUUCCAAGAAAGAUUUGAUCAAGAAUAUUGAGUUUAUCAAUUUAUUAUGUCGUCUUGGUAUAUCAUAUCAUUUUGAAAAUGAAAUUGAAGAACAACUGAAUCACAUUUUUAAUGUCGUCCACGAUGAUAUUAACGAUGACUAUGAUCUCUAUAAUGUCGCGCUUUUGUUUCGAGUUUUAAGACAGUAUGGAUACAAAAUAUCUUGCAAUGUGUUCAAGAAAUUCAAGGACAGCGAUGGGAAGUUCAAUAAAGCCAUAUCCAAUGACGUAAAAGGAAUUCUUAGCCUUUACGAAGCGAGCUUUGUGAGUAUGCGUGGAGAAGAUAUUCUAGAUGAAGCAAUUGCUUUUGCAAGGCCACUCUUGGAGUCUCUGGCUAUGCAAUCAAGCCCACAUCUCGCAAAACACAUAAAUGAUGCCUUAAGCAUGCCUUUUCACAGAGGCCUGCCACGAGUAGAGGCUAGGAAAUUCAUCGAUUUCUACGAAGAAGAGGAGUCUCACAAUGAAACUUUACUCAAGUUUGCCAAGUUAGAUUAUAAUCGAGUGCAGUUACUGCACAAACAAGAGCUAGGUGUUGUCUCCAGGUGGUGGAAAGAAUUGGAUCUUGCAAAGGGUCUCCCUUAUGUGAGAGACAGAAUUGCCGAGGGAUUUUUCCAAUCAGCUGGAGUUCAAUUUGAGCCUAACUUCGCUCUUUCUCGCAUUCUUUUAACAAAGUGUAUUCAGAUACUGGCAUUGGUAGAUGAUACAUACGAUUCGUAUGGUACACUUCAAGAACUACAAUGCUUUACAGAUGCACUGGAGAGGGGCAACUCUGAUCAGCUACCUGCAGAUUAUCUGAAGAUUCUUUACAAGGCGGUCUUAGAUUUUUUUGAGGAAUUGGGGGAUGACGAAGGCAAUGAAGGAAGAUCCUAUUGUAUCAAUUAUACAAAGGAGAGAUACAAUGAAGUGGUGAGAUCUUAUCUUGUGGAGGCACAGUGGUUUUAUGAUGGCCAUUUGCGACCAUUCAAUGAGUACAUGCAUAAUGCAUUAAUCUCAUCCUGUUUUUCCCUACUUCCGCCAGUAGUCUUCCUUGGAGUGGAAAAACUUGCAGGGGUUAAGGAGUUUAAAUGGCUAGAAACUAACCCAAAACUUGUUGAAGCUUCCAAAUUCUUUGGCCGUUUACUAAAUGACAUGGUGGCCCGCAAAGAUGAAGAAAAGGAAGGACACUGUUUAGCUGGAAAUUGCUACAUGAAAGAAUAUGGUGUCUCAAAAGAGAAGGCGAUGGAAGAGCUUCGAAAGAUGUGUGACAAUGCAUGGAAGGAUAUGAAUGAGGAGUCCAUGAGGCCAACUGCUGUCCCAAUGCCUCUUAUCACAAGCAUAGUAAACCUUGCUCGUAUGAUGGAAGUUGUUUUCCAGUACGAUGAUGGAUACACUAUCGCCUCAAGCUUGAAGGACCAUGUCACCUUAAUGUUCGUGGAACCAAUACCUGAAGACUGA